ACAACCGCAGCUUAAACUUAAAGUAUCUUUCUUGUUGUUCCAAUGUCGGCCUCAACAAUGGCUCUCUCCUCCCCCUCACUCGCCGGAAAGGCGGUGAAGCUCACGCCCUCCUCCCCUGAGCUUCUCGGCAAUGGGAGAGUCAGCAUGAGGAAAUCCGUCUCCAAGUCUGUUUCUUCUGGAAGCCCGUGGUAUGGACCUGACCGUGUCAAGUAUUUGGGCCCGUUCUCCGGUGAGCCUCCGUCCUACCUAACUGGAGAGUUUCCCGGAGACUAUGGUUGGGACACUGCCGGACUUUCUGCAGAUCCUGAGACCUUUGCAAAGAACCGCGAACUCGAAGUCAUCCACUCCAGGUGGGCUAUGCUUGGGGCCUUGGGCUGCGUGUUCCCGGAGCUUCUAUCCCGCAACGGUGUGAAAUUCGGGGAAGCGGUAUGGUUCAAGGCUGGAUCUCAGAUCUUCAAUGAAGGUGGGCUCGACUACUUGGGCAACCCCAGCUUGAUCCACGCACAGAGCAUUUUNAGCUUGAUCCACGCACAGAGCAUUUUGGCCAUCUGGGCAUCUCAGGUUGUGUUGAUGGGCGCCGUCGAGGGCUACCGUAUUGCCGGUGGUCCCCUCGGUGAGGUGACCGACCCGAUCUACCCAGGUGGAAGCUUUGACCCAUUGGGUUUGGCUGAUGACCCAGAGGCAUUUGCUGAAUUGAAAGUGAAGGAGCUCAAGAACGGAAGGUUGGCCAUGUUCUCCAUGUUUGGGUUCUUCGUUCAGGCCAUUGUGACUGGAAAGGGUCCAUUGGAGAACUUGGCAGACCAUCUUGCAGACCCAGUUAACAACAACGCCUGGGCCUACGCCACAAACUUUGUUCCCGGAAAGUGAGUGAGGAAGUAGAAUUUGUAAAGAGGAGCGAAUGAGAGAGUUUCUAUGCUGUUGAAAUUAUUGCUGGUGGUGUACAUUAGAUGAAAAAUGAAUGGAAGUUCUUUUGUGUGAAA